GUGCGCGUUCCCUGAGGUCCACAUGAUCAGGGCGGGCCGGAGGCGGUGACUGUAGCCGUAGGGCUGGAACGGCCCAGCCGCAGUCGCGAUAUCAGAGCUGCACCCACACUGGUCGCAGAAUGCUUGGGGAGGUUGCCAGCUCGCUGUGGCUCUUUGGCUACGGCUCGCUCGUGUGGCGGCCAGGGUUCGCCUACAGCGCCGUGCGGGUGGGCUUCGUGCGUGGCUACAGCCGGCGUUUUUGGCAGGGUGACUGCGAGCACCGUGGGACUCCGCAGCAGCCUGGUCGAGUUGUUACGCUCAUCGAAGACAAAGAUGCGUGCACGUGGGGUGUCGCAUUCGAGGUGCGGAGCCACGAGAUCGCGCCCGCCCUCGCCCACCUGGCUGUGCGCGAGCAGGAGCUGGGCGGUUACGACACACGCUUCGUGGACUUCGUGACCGAGGAGGGCGAUGCGGUGACCGCCCUGGUGUACAUCGCCACGCCGCACAAUCAUCAGUUUGUGGGCCCCGCGAGCCCCCAGGCCAUCGGCGCUGUGGUGGCCGGCUGCUCGGGCCACGCCGGCCACAAUGUGGAGUACGUCUUGAGGCUCGCGCAGGCCAUGCGCCAGCUGUGCCCUCGCGUGCGGGACCAUCACCUGGAGGAGGUGGAGGUGGCGACGCUUCAGGCGCUGUUCACCCGGCAUGUCUUGCUGUCUGUGCCAGCGAGCGUGAGCUACCCCACGGAUUUGUUUGCAGCGCUCAGGGAUUUUCUCAACGCCAACAAAGGGCUGGACUGCAUCAAGGCAUCUUUGGAGUCGUUCCGAACUUUCUUGCAGAGCAUGCACUUUACUCAAACAACGGACUCCAAAGCAUGAUGUUCCCAGUGUAUUGACAGCUCCUUCAGCGCUGUCCAUUUGAGCAAGUGGCUUUAACCGGCAUGCGUCAUGGUCGUAGCAUAAAAUAUUAAGCUCAUGUUUACUGUAAUAUUUAAGUAAGAGCAUGAAUUUCAUUGAAAUCAGAAGGCCGUAAGUAAUAAUAACAGUCAAGGGUUGUCAAUUGAGGCCUCCAUCGUUAUCCCUUGGGGGGAUGAUACAAUGGGUAACUUUUGUUGUAAGGCAAGUGGUUUUCCUAUGGAUAAACCGGUCCCUGCCACAGGAAGGUGGAAUCUCCACUCCUGGCUCAGGACCGCUACCUGAGAUGAGUGCCACCCCAAAUGCUUGCUUGAGAAUGGGGACAAACUUGAUGUUAUAUUUCAUUUUAAUAUUCAGGUGAUGAGCGUCCAAUGCCUCACUGUCCAGACCACUGUUACAUAUUGUGCUGUAGAAAGUCUUAACGGUAAUAUUAACAAGCUGGCCUUGCUGUUCAUUUCGAAGCGUUUAGUUAGCAUUAAGUGAUGCAUGAUUGGUUCAUUUCGUACGUGGAGUUGAAGCUAGUGUAGUACUCUGAGAAAAACGGUUGUGGAAAUAUUUCUUAUGUUAUGUUGUGGUUUUUUUUUACUUGUUCCUCAAAUGUGUUGCACUAUGAUGUGUGUGGUGGCAGUUUGUACUGUGAUGAACGAGCCUAUGGUGUGUGAACGGGAAAUGCCUUACUGCCGUGGUCAGUAUUUAGUGUUUUGCAUGAUUGGUGUAUUCAGCUGUCCAUGUCAUAAUAAAAACACGGUAAGGUUGAAAGCUAUUCUUGAAUUUAUUAAAACAGCUUUGUAACAUUUCAGCUACACAUCCAUAUACUGUAAUUUAGUAAAGUCAUUCUGUGAUUUUUUAAAAGUGUUUUUUCUGUGGUAAAUGUGGAAUCCACCUGUUCCAUCAGUACGGGAUCGUGUUUCCCCCUUGCACAUCAGGGUUUUUUGUGGAUGCUCCGGUUUCCUCUCGCAUAAAUGCGUGUGUGCGUGAAAUGGAUCAUGUUUCAAACUCCAGAAUAAAAAAACUAAGUAUCAAUUUAAGGAAAGAGUACAGUAACCCCUCUCGAUCCGCCAGUGUGACAUUCUUUAAAACGCUCGUGAAUGCAGAAACCUUGUUUCAAUGGGAAAAUGGGGUCAUGUUGCUGGUACGAGUGAACAUAGGGGGGAAAUGGUAAAUGUUUACUAACAAUGACUACAAUAAAUAUAUAAUAAAUUAGAAAGACC